GACAGACACAUACACACGCACGCUGCCCCGUGUACUCGCUCCACUCUCAGCUGGUUUAAACCAGCUGAGAGUGGAUCGGCACACGAUAUCGAAUCCAUCAAUAAAAACACGCCAAGCAUAGACCGGGAGAGAGAGAGAGAGCGCGCCGGAGAGAGAGAGAAGAGAGACAGGGAGAGAGGGAAAAGAGAGAGAAAGCUCGCCCGUCGUGGGAGGCCGCUCUCGUUUUGAGCUGUAAUCCGACUCGCCGGCGUUGGUGACCACUUUUAGGGCGGCUGGAGAGAGACUGACUGGGGGUGGUGCCGUGUGUUCUGUGUCCGUGCGACGAGAGAGAGAGAGACAGACAGAGAGACAAGAGUUGGAUUUGGUGUGUUGUUGAAAGUGUCCGGAGAGAGACUGGCUGGGGGGUGGUUGCGUGUGUUCUGUGUCCGUGCGACGAGAGAGAGACAGAGAGACAAGAGUUGUAAUUGGUGUGUUGUUGAAAGUGUCCGGAGAGAGACUGGCUGGGGGUGGUUGCGUGUGUUCUGUGUCCGUGCGACGAGAGACAAGAGGCGGAGUUGAAAUUGGCCAGUUUUUGGAAGUGUUUCCUCACCCGAGUGGGUACUUAGGAAACUGAGGUGACACGGUGACAUCAAAGGUCGGACCAGUCCAAGCCUGAGGCUGGCCCUGUCUAGCUAGAUACAAGAUACAACACACGGAGACACCGUUGUAGGCUAACGGGACAGAGAGAUAGGUGCGCGAUGACAAUUCGAACGGCGAAGUAAACAACAACAACAACAACACAAAUAGGGCUAAAUUUUAAUAGUGUGAACUGUAAUAACAGAGGAUUUACCAAAGCCGUCCCGACGCCUUUGGGUUGCAAGGGAGGUGAUGACACGACUAUUCGUGACAGGCAGUGCGCGGAGAGACGUCAUGUCGCGCCAAACAAGUUGAACAAUUAAGGAAGGGAGAGAUAAAGAAGUGCAAGAGUUGGUGUGAGAGAGAGAGAGAUAAGGGGGAGGAGAUGGAGGGAGACACGAUGGAUGCAUCGGUCGUCGCCUGAUCGGCGCGUCCAAGGAUCAUUACCACCAGCGUUAUCAUCACCAACAGCAUCAUUACCACCAGCAUUACCAUCGCUACCAGCAGCAUCAUUACCGCCAGUAUAAUCACCAUUACCAGCACCACCACCACCACAAUCAUCACCAAGAGCAUACUUAUACUCACCAGCACCAACCAGCCUUGCCAUCAGCGAGCUCGUCCUGUAGGAGGAUUUUCAGAAAGCCAGAACCGAGGGCGUGAAAAAUACACAGAGAGGGCCUCUGGCGUGGCCAAGACUGCAAGUGUCACGGGACACGUGUUCGUAUGCGGCGGACCCGCGCUGCCAGAGGAUGAGAAUGGGCUCGCGGAGGGAUUCGGAGGGACUCUUCUUCCCGUCAGUGGUUGUGGCCGCGCUCAUCGCGGCUCUGCACUUCGACUUUGUGCGACACUCUCUUGCGGCGCCCGCUGCUGCUGCUGCAUCAUCGUCAUCAUCGGCGUUGUCAUCCUCGUCGUCGUCGUCGUCGUCUUCCUCUUCGCUGCCGGCAGCCCACAGGAGUCCAAGGCACGUUCCUGCGGCGGGACCCGUCCGUCUAAGGCACCUGUACAGCCCCGAGAGCCGCGGGUCGGGAGGGCUGCACCUGCAUCUUAGAGACGACGGCACGGUGGGCGGAGCGGCCCAGCAGAGUAAGCAAAGUUUGCUGGAGAUGCGCUGGGUGGACAGGGGCGUCGUGGCCAUCAAGGGCGUGAGCAGCCAGCGGUACCUGUGCAUGGACGACCACGGCGGCCUGCACGGCUCGACCGAGUACCGCCCGCGCGAGUGCACCUUCCGUGAGCGCACCCUGCCCGACGGCUACACCAUCUUCUACUCAGCGCACCGUCACGCCGUCGUCACGCUCAGCCCCGGGCAGGGCCGCUUGCGCUCCUCCUCUUCGUCCACCUCGUCGGGGAGGCACCACCUCCUCCCGCCGCUCUCGCAGUUCCUGGCCACCGUCAACGCCGUGCCACUUCACCACGUGCUGGCCUACGACGACCUGGCGGAGCCCCCCGGAGAUGGCGGCGGCGGCGGCGGCGGCGGCGGUGGAUCCGAGGGCCAGCUGGACGUCGACGAUCCGCUGGGAAUGGACGCGGCGUGGCGGGCCGAACCGCUGGGCCUCCUCCGCUAGCGGGAGCGGCCCAGGGGCCUCGUAAGCGACGGCUCUUGGGGGGCGGGGUUGGGGGGGAUGCGGGUCCGGGAAGCGGAAGGUAGAUGCGCACCUAGGCCGUGUGUCCCCCAGGGCCAUUGCCCAAAGAGUCAGUCUUAUGUAUAUAUAUUUAUUUCCAUCAUGUUCUUUUUUGAGUUCUCAUCAUAAAAGGGUUACGUUUCCUCCAUCCUGUCUAAACUUGCAUUUCUUCAUUUUCAUGGAACCUCUUUUCUAUGAGCGGUGGAGCAGCACCUUCCCAUUUCUACCUCUUGGCCUUCCCCUCCCCCCCUCCCCCCGGCUCUUGAAGAGCUUCCUUUCGCGAGCCUUCCCCUCUACCAGUGCUGCUCAGCCUCGGCCUUUUGCCUUCUCCAAUAGGUUCCACUUAGACUGCUCGUUAACUCACGUGAGCGCUUAUUUAUUUUUCUUUCCCCCUACAGCCGAUUUUCUGCAUUCGGCGCCACUCCCCAUCUCUCAAGGCCUUCCCGGCAUCCAUGCCUGCCGAGUGUAACGCUCCACGCACUUCAGUGCUCCACGCUAAGGGCCUUCACUUUGUUCUCUUCUCCCGCUCCCUGCUCAUCCACCUUCUUGCUGAAUGCUAAUUUAAUUCGUGGCAAAUCCUAGCUCUGUUCCCCCGAGGGCAUUUACCGUCUCCUAUCAGACUUACUUCCCCGUAUAUAUUUGAACCGUUUGAUCAUCGUAUUGGCGACGAGAGCGGAGGAUUUACGCAUUCGCGUCAAUAUUCGAUUCGACGUUUCAAGCUAAAAGGUCAAGGUUCGCCGUUCCGGCACCACGGCGGUGACGUUGCUGCGACAUUCCUCCCGCACAUUUUGCAACGCGUCGUCGUCGUCAUCGCAUUGGCGUCUUCAACGAUGCCGCAACGGCACGGCGGAACGUACGCAACGUUUCAAGUCUUUUAGUUGCUUAGGUUCAACUUAAAAGUCAAGGCAGACAGCCCAGGACACAGGUACGCUUGGUAUGUAUAAAUAAUAUCUACACGGCUAGAGCCGGUUAUGUUUUCUGAGUUGUGUCUUCCUUUAAGAGGAGGAAGGUCUCUCCCUGUGAUCCGCCGGGGAGUUGCGCCGCAAUGGUUUGCGACCCGUUUCGGCGCGACCGCACCACUAGAGGGUUGCAGAAAUCAGCGAGGGCCGUAGUAGCUGCUCUGCGUCCCUCCACUACUUGAGCAGCCCUGAUUGCACUCGGGAUAACCGAUUCUAUUUUUUCUUUUACUGACGCACGGAGACGAAGAAUGACGGCACAUCUUUUUACGGACGUGGCUAUAAAUGAAAGCUGCGCUCCGGUUAUCGCGGCACGGCAUCGUGAUGUUGCGAUGUUGGCGAGCGUUUUCGCGCGUGCGCACUUGGGCACGUGUUCCGUGUUCAUGGGCUUAGCCGUUGAUUCAUUUUGGCUGGGCUCGUCCAGGUCUGUGACCUGGGAAUAACAAUUCCGCGUCGAUCGCAUCACGUGCACCGUACCUCUCCCUCUGGCUGUGGGUUGCUCGUCGCGUGCCACCAGCCGCCCUGGAAAAUAUUCAGCGAUAAUUUAAGCCCUGGGUUUGGGUGUGGAAAUGCCCACUCGUCCACCGUCUGCUCUCCAUGUCACUCCUCUCUUGCUCCCCCAUUCCAUUACAUUUCUCCUCAUCCUGCGUCCCUCCCACAACCGCCGUCCAUCGUGAUCUCCUUUGUUGUUGUUUUUUUAUUUUUACCGGCCGCAACAAACGCUUAUCCGCACAAGAUUGCCCCCUUUCAUGGGCUCGCGUUGCUAAUUGUGAAAUCCGAAGAGGCCAUUGUGUUACCGUGUUCUACCGAAUAGCACGUGUACAUUUGUGUCUUUUUUGACAAUCUUUGUGCUCGUACCUUGCCUCGUGGGAUGGAACGCACAAAGAGCGCGGUCGGUCGGUCGGUCCGUUUCGUUAUGAGAAUGUUUGCCAGUGGCAGGCAGUUGGAAUCUGGAGAGACGGAUAGCCUUAGAUCAGUCACCGUGGCUUGCUGGUGAACUAGUUUGCACGGAGACAACGGUCCGUUUCCAAAAAGACAAACGCUGGAUAGUUUCCUCUGGACUUCGGUCGGUGUUGUUGUGAUUAUCGACCGGGGAUGUGCACGGUUCACUGGAUUGAGCGCAAAAAAACCUCAGCAGCGUCGUUUUCAAAACUUGCCCAUUGUGUUAAGAACAAUGGGCAAUGAUUUACCCAGGACAGCAUCGCGGAGCCUCAAAAGACCCGUUGUCGGGAGGGUUCGGUUGCAAUAUGUCAGAUGUUUGGCCAGUACCGUGAGUGGCUGCAGUCGGAUAGAAACCGGAGAGAAACCCCAGCAGGCAUAGGAGGAGGGUGACGCUCCCUGGCUAUGCGCCUCCAUCUCGUGGUUACCCAACAGCCCACGCCUAGGACACCUUGACAUUGCCAGGCGGUCUCCCAUCCAAGAAAAUAAACUAACGAAACUGGGUUCAUUCAGACAAAGUCGGUCCGACAUCGAUAUAGUCGUAAUCUAGGCCGUAGCGCGACGACAUUCGUGAUGAACACAAUUUAUGGGGCGUACGUGUUUCACGAAUCGGACGCGAUGUUCGAUUUGUGAAACUCCGGAGGCGCGGAGCCAGAGCUCAAAGUCCCCCCACCUCCACCACGUGUGCCGGCCCAACACGGCAACAGGAAACAGAUACCAACCGUUUGCCAUCGCCUAAAAGUGGUAAUAUUGUACGUGCCGUGGACUCUUAAGUGUGCUUAAUUGCAAAUACGUAUGUCUGAAUUGACCGUUGUUGUCCAUUGCGAUCGCUAUAUUGUUGAUGUUAUUCAUGGGGGGGAUGAGAGUGGGGUUCGAGUGAGGGAUUGACGUUUGUGGAUUUAUGAAAAGAUGCUACCAACAUAAAAAAAAACGAACAACUCGUGGCGACUCACCUAGGCCACGGGCCCAGGCUGUCCACCGCCUCCCCCACUCCCCGACACAAGUUUGAAGCUGCGAUAACGAGGGAACGUACUUUGAGUUGACUCCCACACGCAUCAAGCACAGACAACGGGCGUUCGAUUGACGCUGGAGGAACCCGACGAGCUACGGAGGUGUUUCCCAAAGGUGUCCAGCCCAAGUUGGCGUCGGGGGCCCACUCUCGAAGUGAUGCCUUCGCGCAAGUAGCGUCCUCUCGCACACGUCAUCGUCGAUAGGCAGCUACGAGUGGAUAGCUUGCGAGGAGUGGCUGGAGGUGAAGAAACAACCUUGAACACCGCCGCCAGGUCGACGUCCGUGGCGGCUCGCAUGCUGCGCGCGUAUUAACUUUAGCGGCCUCUGAAGGGCGGUCGGAGGUGGUGGUGGAGGAGUACGCUCGUGCGGUAUGAAGAAACGGGACUUGGUUGGACCGUGUAAUACAAGUUUGUUCAGCUGUCUUUUCCCGAGGGCCAUUGGGUGGGCCACGUGACAUCACGCGUCACAUGUUUUUGUUUGACUGACGUCACAAUGUGACGUGCACGGACGUUUUGAUCUCGUGCGGUGGAAUUGUAAAGGUCACGAUGUCUGUACGUGUGACCGCUAAUCUGUAUCUCUAAUCUCUCGGUUAUCUCUAUCAUAUCUCAAGAAAUUGUAUCUCUCUGUGUCUCAUCUCGGUGGGCCACGUCUCUUGGUGGGCAGGCCACUCCAAGAGCCUUCGCGGGUCACAUUUUGGCCCCCAUGCCACCCUGUUCAAGAACCCUAUCAUGCAUACUUUGUGAAGCAGCUGCGGUGGAGAUGAUGAGAUGAAACUAAUCAAUGAGGCGAACUAAAAUGAUUUGAGUUAUCCGCGCCGUCGCUCCUCGCGAGCUAUGGACGGUUGUGUGUGGGCGCACGCACACUUUUGUAAUAAUUUAUAUUUUGGACAUCAGUUUGUACGAAAAUAAAGUGUAUUUUUACAAUGUUGGCGAUCUGCGUUUAUUUACUCUUUGUCAGCAACGGCUGCUGCUCACGUGUAAAUGACACUUUAAAAUGUUAUGCCGAGCGCUGGUAGCUACGAGCCUACGACACACGUGGCCUGGACUCCAGCACUGUGGAGGCAGCGAGGGUCGGUGGAUCGUCGCACAGUUGUUGUGAAACUCCCCUCCCGCGGGCUCGCCAGGA